GAACAAGAGGUCUUACCUUAGAACCAUUAAGAGUCUCAGCUCUGGGGCCUACCAUUUCCCAAGCAGGAUCCCAGUUCCAGUCCCAGUAGACCAUGGAAAGAGUUAAAAGUCUUUUGAUUGAGUCAUUUGGGUGAGAAGUAUUAAAUGAAAGAAAGAAAACUCCAUCAGAGCAGUUCCUGUAGAAAGUCAAUAUUGGGUUUGUAAUCAGAUUUUAUUCAAAGAAGAAAAGAAAAAAAGGGACUGUGGGUGACAACUUCCUUUUUGUAUCCAGAAGUUUAUAGGGCAUUCUUCAGUCACCUGCCAAGUCAGUACAGGGGUGAAUUGCCUUGAUUUAAUCUUAUUUUCCACUCACUCUUGGGGUCAGAUUAAGCCCACAGGAAGGUGCUGGCUUGGGAAAUUCCUACUGACUCAGAUUUCAGAGAGAGAUUGUACUUAAUCAUCACUUCAUUGCCUGAGCUACAUAGCAGAAGUAAGAAGGCCCCUUAAGAGUGAGUUCUGGAGAUCUGGAGUCAAGUGGAAUUUCCCAAGAACAUCUGCAACAGCAGCCCAGCUUCCAGCAGACUAGCCUCUCUCCUUCCACAAGCUUCCCCCGUCCCCAACCUAGGGAGAGAAGGGACAAUCCCAGUGCUACUUGUGAAGAAGGGAACCUCAGCGAGGCCUCUCAGACACAGCUUAAGCACCACUUUCUGCUUGAAGCCUGUCGUCCCCUCCCAAGGCAAUCGGGGUUAAGUGACUUGCCCAGGAUCACACGAUUAAUCUAGACCUUGGAGGGUCCUUGCAGUACAUCUAAUCCAAAUUCCACAUUUCAUAGAUGAUAGGAGGAGGCAUCUGCAAUGGCUUCCAAACCUCAAACUUACUCAGCCAAACAAAUGCCGUUUUAUUAUGAAAAUGAAGUCUGCAGACAAGCCCACUUUAUUAAAUCACCACCUCCUCAGCUUUUCUCCUCACAGACCUCCUGGAAAAGUCGGUAUUUCAUCCUGUCAAAAAAUGAGGAAAAUUGCUACAGUCUUCAGUAUUUUAAAGACCAUCACUGCCGGGGUUCCAUUGAAGUUGAUCAAAUUUCCAAUGUAGAAGUUGGCAUCAGUAACCAUGAGAAAAUGGCAAUAGUCCAAAAGAUGUUUAAAUGCUUACCUGAUGAAGUGAUGUCCAUUAUAACCCCUAAAAGGGCUUACUUUCUCAUUGGCAAAGACUGGAGAACAAUUGAAGACUGGGUCUCCUUCAUAUCAUCAACCUGCCUGGAUCUGAAAGUCACCCAUCAGAAUGUAAAGAAUCCAAAUCUUAUAAAUCAAGAUGCCAGAAACGAGGUCAAUGUUGUACAGCCUCUUGAGUCCAAAGGAAACCAGAACAUCUAUCAAACCAUUCCAGGAAUCUCUGAUGAUGUGCAAGAGAUACAUUUCUCGGAAGAAAGAAGACCUGCUUCCUAUCCUGGCCAUUCUUCUGGUUCUCCUAGUUCACCAGAGGGCAAGACCUGCUCAAGCCUUCCAAGAAACAGUCUGCCAGACAUGAAAACAUUUGCUCUCAUUAAAUCACAUGCAGUGAAAUUAAAAACACUUAAUUAUUUCCCCAAGUCCCAAAGGAAACAUGACUUUCUUCUUAAGCAACAUCAAAUAGAAGGAAAUUCUUCAAGACCCAGCCAAUCUCCUCCAACAAGUGAUUUAGCUCCUGAGGACCAACAAGAGACAGAAGAGGAAAAUCAUUAUCUUAGCCCUCGAAGUGUUCUUGCCCAGUUGGACACUAUAAUUGCUUCCAAUGAAGGCAAAGAAUUUGCUGAAUCCAAAGAGUCAGACCAGGACUCCAAGUCAACUGAUGAUCUCUACAUGUCAAUGAAAUCUUGUUUUGAUGAAGAGAAAUUCCAGCAACCUUCCAACAGCAAAGAUGAAGCUCAGGCCUUUCCAGUGAACCAGGCUGAAGGGCUCAACCAGCAGGGACAAGAGCUGUGUCAUUCAUCCGGUAGCGAAGGACCAAAAACCAAGAACCAGAAAAUGGGGUUGGUUUCACUCUCCGUUGUGCAGCUAUCCAGAAUAAUCAAUAAUAUACCUGCUGGAAGUCCCCUGGAAGAAGUGAAUGUAUUCCUUUUCAAGAAUGACAUCAGCAAAUACCUGACACUCACACAAGCUAUAGGCCAUAUAUGUGUUGCUCAGUGGGAAGGCCCCCCACACUUGGGAUGUAUAUUUCACCAUGGUGAUCGCUUGUCAGCUGUGAAUGACCUUAAGCCACAUACCCUGGAGGAAGUAGGCUUAUUCCUGGACAGGUCCUUAAGGAAAGAGGUGAAAUUGACCAUCUGCCGGAUCCCUGAUUCAGAUAAAUUCCACACUGUGGCCUGUGCCUGUUCUUGAAAAACACCAUUUUGGUUAAGGUCAGGUGGGAACCAUUCCCACUACAGAUAUGCAGUGAAAGCAUGUGAACAAAGAGUUAUCAAUAUGAAUUUCAAAUAAGAAUGGAGGAGGAGGAUUGAAUACUAACAUAUAAAAAGGAUGCUUCAAGUCACUACUAAUAAGAGAAAAUGCAAAAUUGAAACAAGCCUGCAGUUCUACCUCACACAUGGAAACCAGAAAAAUGGUGGAAGAUGGGAAGAGUCAAUGUUGGAUGUGCUGUGGGAAAAAUGGGCACAAUCAUACAUUAUUGGUAGAGCUGUUCAUUGGUCCAGUCAUUCUGGAAAGCAUUUUAGAAUUAUGUGGAGUGAUUAAAAUAGCUGCUAGACAUAGACAGUAAGGUAAUCAAGACCAAAAACAAAGUGCCUAUAUAUGCCUAAAUUAAUAGCAAUAUUUUUGUAUGUGGCAGCAAAAAAUUGUAAACAGAGUAGAUGUCCACUCAUCAGAGAAUGACUAAACAAAUUUUUGUAAGUGAAUGCCUGGGAUAUUACUAUGCUAUAAGAAACAAUUAACACCAUGAAUACAAAGAAACAUAGAGAAAUGUAUAAUUGAUUCAAAGUGAAGUAGCAGAACCAAGAAACCACGUACAGAGUGACUAUAACAUUGUAAAUGGAAAGAGCAAUAACAAUGACAAAAAAAAUUAAAACAAUGCUCUAUAAUUAUAAUAACAUCUUGGCUCCUUUGCUGAAAUGAAGGACCAUACGUAUAGAAUACUGCAUAUAAUAUCAAUUUUUUUCCAAUAUGUUGGUUGGUUUUAAUGAACUACUUUUCUUUAUCUUUAAAAGAAAUUCAUUAUUAUAAGGGAUGGUUCUGUGGGAGGGGGCAAGGAGAAAGAUACAGUGGGAAGUGUUGGGGGUGCAAAAACCAAAGACAUCAAUAAAUUUUUUUUAAAAA